ACAUGACCAUCUCGUUUGUGCGCACGAGGGGUCUCAAAGCAUUGAUGACAUACAGCUGGAGAGCAGCAUCCGCCGGACAGAGGGGCAAUCAAAUGUAAAACGAACGAUUCCAUCCUGCAGCGUUUCCAUAGCACUAGCCUCCUAUUACAUACAGUCCUUUUGAUGUUUCUAUCACGAAUGAAUCGAUGACGAAGGAGAAUAAGAAGGAAAAGGAAGAUUGGAGGAGAUUCGCUUCUCUCAUAACGGGGUACCGAUGAAAGAGAGGCAGUAGCCUACCUAUUAGUCAAAAACGUCAAACGAGAAUAGCCGCACCAUCAUCAGUCGCGUCUGUUUGUCGUGAGAUGACAAAGUGAAGUGGCGGAUCAUGUCUCAGAAGAAGAUAUUUCUGGUAUUUGUGGCAAUCAGUACCGUCAGUCUACUGCUGCACCAUGGGGGCCAUUUCAGCUGGACGAUGGAAGCCUUUCACCUCGGCUGUCCGUCACUACGCACCCACCUGUCCUCCUCUCUCAAGCCCAAACACACCAACGUGGCCUUCCUCAAGACGCACAAGACGGCCAGCACCACCAUGCAGAAUCUGCUCUUCCGCUUCGCAGAGCGCAACAACCUGACAGUGGCGCUCCCUGUGCAGGCCUGCGGACACCAGUUCUGCUACCCGCGCACCUUCAACGCCCACCUCGUCCACCCACACACCCUGCCACCCAACGUGGUCACCAGCCACAUGCGCUUCAACCGUGCCGAGAUGCAGCGCCUCAUGCCUAACGAUACCAUCUACGUGACCAUACUUCGAGAACCAGGGUCCAUGUUUGAAUCGUUGUUCAGUUACUAUAACCAGUACUGUCAGAGUUUUAAGAGAGUUCCCAAUGGGUCCCUGGAGGCAUUUCUGGACGAGCCGUGGCGGUACUACCGUCCGGACGAAAAGGACUCCAUGUAUGCCCGUAACACGCUGACCUUUGACCUAGGUGGGGACAAGGACCGUCCGGCGGCAGACGCAACAGCGUACGCCCGGGCCUUUGUGGCCGAGACAGAACGCGUCUUCUCCCUGGUGAUGAUCGCCGAGUACUUUGACGAGUCGCUGGUCCUCCUCCGUCACCUUCUCUCCUGGGAUCUGGAAGACGUGCUCUACGUCAAGCUGAACAUGCGAAUGUCCGGCUCCAAGCACAGCCUCUCGCCAGGCCUCCCCUUCAAGAUCCGCGCCUGGAACGCCUUGGAUGCACGCCUCUAUGAUCACUUCAACGCCUCCCUGUGGCGCCAGCUGACUGCCCUGGGCCCGGCGUGCGUGGCCAGGGAGGUGCGGUUGCUCCGCAGGGCCCAGGAGAGGCUGGUGAGGGGCUGCUUUGGAGGACGGCUUCCCCAGCUCCGCUCUGCUGCCCAGAUCAAGAACAAGGAGCUGCGGCCGUGGCAGCCCAGUGCAAAGGUGGACAUCGUGGGCUAUGACCUGCCGACCAACACCAACGCCACGUGGCCCGGAAGUCUGGCCCACGAGCUGUGUCUGAAGCUCAUCAUGCCAGAGGUCCAGUACACCAGGGUCCUGCUUCGAUCGCAGUCGCUACGCUACAGACGCAGCUACCCGCUCCGCUCCCCUCAGCCCCAGCCGCAGCAGCCCGUACGGUCGGUCCUGCCACGCCACCAACAGGUGGGGAUACAGCAGAUACACCGGGAGGCCCUUCCUCCAGGACUUGGUCCCGCCUCUAGCCCCACAGCCACCUCUCGACCUGCAGGGACCCAGAGCAGGGCCACCAGGGUGGUGCUAAGGCCCUCGGGCCCCCAGAGGCAGACGCCAUAACUUAAGACUGCAGCACCAGCCUUGAAUAUAGACAGACUGAAUACAGCCAGACUAAAUACAGGCAUGCAGACAGACAGACAGACUGUCCUCCAGACUUCAGCCAUUUGUCCCCAGGGACUGUAUCAGGGGGUUCUGGAGGAGAUAGGGAGAGGGGGGGGACACCCCCAGAUUGGGGCUGGAGAUUGGGGUAGGACCCCAUCAUUAUGGGCACAGGCAGAGCACUCCCAUUAAUUGCAAACUCUGUAUGGAACAAUAAAGAACUGUUAGUCUCGCUUUAUCUCUCUCACUCUCUAAUGCCACCCCCCCCUCCCAAAUCUUGAGAAGAUCUUGAUGAUGACAGUGAGAGAGGGUCAUCGCUCCGGGUCCGCGUCCAACCCUCUAAGCCUUCUCCAGAGAGGAAAACCAUCCAGUCCUGGGCCUCUCACCCAAUGACUUUACCCCCUCCCACUGAGUGUUAGGCCCCAGGACAGGUCAAAUGUCAAAAGUUAGGCCAGCGGUCCUUAGACUGACCCCCCCCCCCCCCUACACACACACACACACACACACACACACACACACGCAGCCCUUACACCAACUCUCUCCCUCCUGCCCACCCUGCUUUAGAACAUCUCUCUCUGCUUCACCGACCCCAGCUCAUCUCUCUCUCCCCUCCACCAGCAACUGAACUCGACCAUGGCGGCUGCUGCUGACAAAUGGGAUGUUUUUAGAUAUGGGAAUUGUGUGUGAAAGCGUUUUUCCUAUGUAUUUUGUUUAUCUGGGGCGUUAUCGCAAUAAAGUUUUAUGUAAAGUCUUAUGUAAAGGUAGGGAUCUUAUAACCACAAGACACACACACACACCGGACUCAACCCGUUGUUGGUUAUGCAAGCCUGCUAAAAGACAUGAUGAGUGAGAGCUACAGUGUUUGAAUAUUUAAUUAUGUAUUCUUAAUGAGGCUCUCUUUGGAGAGACCUUCCACUUGGGUUACACAGUGAAACACACACACACACGCGCACACACACACACACACACACACACACACACACACACACACACACACACACACACACACACACACACACACACACACACACACACACACACACACACACACACACACACACACAGCAGUGUGGAACAUGCCAAAGCAGCUUACUUAUCCGAAACAAAGCAUAGGGAGGAAAUAACUACGAUACUGGGAGAAAACAGUAGAAGAAGAGAGAGUCUGGGUCCUGUUCAUUUGGACACACUGCGGAAAACAUUUUAAAACAUUUUGCAAUGGGAAUUCAAAAAAUAUGUGUUUCUUCUUCGACAACUCCAUAUACUAUUUAUUCCCUUCCUGUUUCAGUCCUUGGUCUCCCAUUUGGUGCCUAAUGAACAUGGCCCUGGUGUGGUGGCUGUCAUGUGGAGGUGUUUUGCCACUCGUUUCAUUAUGUGGUACAUUUUUUAUGCAGUUGGUUGUUCAUGUUUAACCUAAAUGGUAUGCUUCGACCUGGGUGUCCUUGAGGGUGUGUGUGUGUGUGUGUGUGUGUGUGUGUGUGUGUGUGUGUGUGUGUGCGUGUGUGCGCGUGUGUGUUUCUGAGUAUAUAUUAUUUAUUCUCUUCAUCACUGGAAAAAAACAGUCUGUGUAUGUUUACAUUCAAUGUAUAUUUCCGAUUUUGUAACAGGACAUUGUAUUGUGGACCAAACCACUAAUGGCAAUACACACUGUGCUGUACAUGGCAUGUUCUGAUGAAUCAAAUGUAAAAUUUCUACAUCGGCCAAACACAAAAGCUACUCAGACAGCACCAAGUGUAAUCACUGAGGCAUGAAUUUUAUUGUGUUUUAAGUGCUUCAUAAUGCUCCAGAGUGCAUCCCAAAUGACAGCCUAUUCCCUACAUAGUGUAUUAUUUGUAGUGCACUAUGUAGGGAAUAGGGUGCCAUUUGGGACUCAGUUCUAGUCUCGUGGAAAGAGGACAGGGUAGAAAGAUAACUUUCUGAAGGGCCCUUGACCCGUGAAAUCCUCCAUGUUUGACUGCUGUUCAUUUUUAAAGUGCUCUUUGAUUGUACUUUAUUUUUCAUCCCAAAUGUCACCCUUUAAAUAGGGAAUAGGUUGCCAUUUGGGACACAAGGUAUCAAAUCUAGGCUGGUUUCUCGGUUUUGAGAGACAUAACUAACACAGAAUGGUGGUUGUGUCACCUACAAGUCAGUGUUAGCCAGCCUUUUUAGGAAUGCUAGAAUUAAGCAAUAAGGCCCGAGGGGGUGUGGUAUAUGGCCAAUAUACCAUGGCUAAGGGCUGUUCUAAAGCACGAUGCAACGCGGAGUGCCUGGACACAGCCCUUAGCCGUGGUAUAUUGGCCAUAUGUCACAAACCCCCGAGGUGCCUUAUUGCUAUUAUAAACUGGUUACCAACAUAAUUAGAGCAGUAAAAAUAAAUACUUUGUCAUACCUGUGGUAUACGGUCUGAAAUACCACCGCUAUCAGCCAAUCAGCAUUCAGGGCUCGAACCAACCAGUUUAGAAUAGCUGUUUUACUACUGUACAUCUUGUCACUUUAUUUGUCAAACUCUCUUUUAGAACAACGUGGAACAAAAGUGUUCUUUUAGAAUGAACCGUGUUCUGUUUUUAGAGUGUCUUUCUCAACAAAUUGUGUCUUUGUUAAGAGAAAGUGUCAAUGUGACACAAAAUGAUGCGCUUGAUCUUUUUUCUGUGACUAUAUUUCCAAUGACAUUGUUUCUCUUUCCAUGGCAUUAAUUCAUUCUCAUACGAUAUUUAUUGAUGUAUUUGAACUGAAAGGGGUGUUUCUGUUUUUGACUGGGGGGCUCUGAUCAUACAGAAGUAAGGUAACGUUUCCCUUAGACGCAUAUCUGGGGACAGUUUAGCAUUUUCUCUGCUAAUGGUUAAGGAUAGGAUUGGGGAGGGGGAGCUGAUCCUAGAUCUGUACCUAGGGGAAACUUUACCUAGAUCAUACAGCUAGAGACAAUCAGAGCUAGAUGUCCCAAAGCUUUGUACUGAGGGUUGAUGGGGGAAAAGCAAACCCUUAAAAGUUGAAUGAUUCAAAUCAAUGUUGUUUGUUGUCAUUUUUCAUUUUACAUGGGGUAUCGGUUGUUAAUUACUUUAAUUGAUAAGCCAUUAUAAAUGGUUAUACAUUGUUUAGAAAUGCUUAUACAUGUUUAUAAAUGGUUAUAAAUGCUGAAAUAUGCAUUAAUAAUAGUAAACACUAGUUGUAGUUUUAUAAGACUUAUUAAUGAAAGCUAUUACAUGAAAAUACACAUGUACAUCAUUAAGAAGAUACAUAUGUAUACAACAAGAAGGGAUUCAAAUCCCCAAGAGUCUCAAGCUGCCAUGAAGCAGCCUAAUAUGCAAAUACACAAAUAUCUUUCUCCUUUUUCAAUGGGAGAAACCGAUGCAAAUCAAAUGUGUUUGAUGUUUACUAUGAUUACAGCAAUCAGCUGUCCCCCUUGCCAAUGUUUUAUUAUUACCGCUGUUGUUGUCAUGGUUUUAU